GUUACGUGCUAUACCGGAAUAUCCGAAAACAUAGAGGGCUUCUCUACUAAUUUCAAAACAAUUGCGCACGGUGCAAUUUAAGUUCAGACAACUUCUGACAGGUGGCUUCAAACACGACACCACCACCACCACCAUCGUCAUCCGUCGAAUUUGUCAAACGUCAAGACCCGGACCCGCUUUCCGGCAACCCGACCCGGAUAGUGAUCUCAAUUUGCCAUCUAUGAUCUGAUAAUUAUCCCGGCAUAUUCUCUUCUAAAUUAUUUCGCUGAUUCUCGUCGCUUUCGAUUUUCCGGUGGAAGAUCCGGCAAUCGCAAACCCUAACCCCUCUCGCCGUGGACUUCUUUUUGCGGCAAUUACCGUUUUCUCCCCCAUUCGAUAGAGCCGCAAUUGCUUGUAAUUAGCCCUAAAAACUGAGUGGGAGGUGGGUAAUUGAAGUCCGAAGGGACUUCGGAGGAUGAAAUUUGAUGCGAAGAAGAAGAGAGCUGUGAUCGCGAGUUCUUAAGAGGAUGUGGUUUUCCUUUUGGAAAUCCCGGGACAGAUUCUCUUUAGAUGAACUCAGAUUCCUAGUCGAUCAACUGAUGAAAGUUCAAACUGUGAAUGAGGUUACCAAGGACUUCGUGAUUGAGGCUUUGAGAUCUAUUGCUGAGUUGAUAACCUAUGGUGACCAACAUGAUGCUUCCUAUUUCGAGUUUUUCAUGGAGAAGCAGGUCAUGAGUGAGUUUGUACGGAUAUUAAGCAUUAGUAGAACUUUGGUUGUCUCAGUCCAGCUAUUGCAAACAAUGAGCAUAAUGAUCCAGAACCUAAAAAGUGAACAGUCCAUAUAUUAUAUGUUUAGCAAUGAACAUGUUAACUACCUUAUAAAUUAUUCAUUCGACUUCCGAAAUGAAGAGCUAUUAUCUUACUACAUAUCUUUCCUAAGAGCAAUAAGUGGCAAGUUGAACAAAGAUACAAUUUCUCUCCUUCUUAAGACCCAAAAUGAUGAAGUUAUUUCUUUCCCCCUAUACGUUGAGGCAAUACAGUUUGCUUUCCAUGAAGAAAGUAUGAUUCGAACUGCUGUACGUGCUUUAACACUGAACGUUUAUCAUGUUGGAGAUGAUGCUGUAAAUAGGUUUGUGUCAAUGGCUCCUCAUGCGGAUUAUUUCAUGAACUUGGUCAAAUUUUUCCGAGAUCAAUGUAUCCAUUUGAAUUUAGUCGUUUCAAAUGCUUCAAAGAGUCAGGAGGUGGAUUCAACGUCUACCAUUCUUUCUGCCGUUGACGAGAUUGAAGACAACCUCUAUUAUUUUAGUGACGUUGUUUCUGCUGGAAUUCCUGAUGUUGGGAGGUUAAUUAUGGACAACGUUUUGAGUCUUCUGAUAUUUCCGUCAGUUCUUCCUUCCUUGAGGACUGAAGCAGUCAAGGAAUCAAGUCUUGGUGCUGUCACUUCUUUAUAUUUACUUUGUUGCAUUUUGCGCAUAGUGAAAAUCAAAGAUCUGGCAAACACUAUUGCUGCUGCUCUUUUAUGUUGUCCAGAGUCCGUCACUGAGAAUUCUGAAGCUAAGCUCAAUGGUGAUGUGUUGGGCCAUGUUUCUUCAGAUGCAGCAAGCCAACAGAUAGAUGAGAAUACUCUCGCUUCAGGGUCUGAUGCUGGAAGAUUGCGAGUUUCUAUUCCAACAUGUAACUCUUCUGAAAACCUUCCACAAGAUGGUGUCUUGGUUCAUGAUUGUGGUGGUAGACAGUUUGCUCCAAGGGAAGCUUUGCUUUCAUUUGUUGCCAAUGGAGAUGAUGUUCAAGUUUCAGGCUCUUUAAAUGUGCUGGCUACUUUAUUGCAGACUAAAGAACUGGAUGAAUCAAUGGUCGAUGCUCUUGGCAUACUUCCACAACGCAAACAGCAUAAGAAGAAGCUGCUGCAAGCCUUGGUCGGGGAAGAUUCUGGGGAAGAACAACUUUUCGCUUCCGAAGGUAGUGGGGUUAAGGAUGGCUUCAGUAGUGAACUUGAUCUCUAUCUUCAAAAGUUGAAGGAUUAUGUUGGAGUUCCAUGUGCAAGCCAAGAGGUUGGAGUGAGCCCUCGGGUGCAUAGAUUUCAAGUACUCGAUGCGCUGGUCAGUCUCUUCUGCAGGUCAAAUAUCUCUGCAGAAACAUUAUGGGAUGGUGGUUGGCUUUUGCGGCAGUUGUUACCUUAUAGUGAGGCAGAGUUUAACAGCCACCACCUUAGAUUACUCAAAGAUUCAUUCCACUCUUGCACUAAUCGUGUUCUAGAGGAGACCAGGGGACCUUGGUCUGAUCUUUUGGUGACAAUUAUUUGCGACGAGUGGAGAAAGUGCAAAAGAGCAAUCGAAGCUUCUUCUCCUCGGAAAGAUCCCAAGUUUAUGCUCUUGCACCCAUACAAAUCUGCCUCUGAUGAGCACGCGUUAGGUGAAUCUUCCUUUGCUGCUGGAGAGAGAAUGUGUGAGACCGUGAAGGUGUUUGCACUGCUUCACCAUCUCCAUAUUUUCUCCCUCGGUAAAGUUUUGCCAGAUCAACCUCCUGUACUUUGUGCAGUUGAUAUUCCAGAAAUGUCCAGAGCAAAGAAAGCUGGUGUAAAUCCACCCGGACUAAAACCAAAUGCCGAAAUAUUUCUCGUGGACGCAGUGCCUUGUCGUAUUGCAUUUGAGAGGGGCAAGGAACGUCAUUUUCAAUUUCUAGCACUCUCUGUUGGAAGCUCUGGGUGGCUUGUACUUGCCGAGGAGUUACCCAUGAAACCACAACAUGGAAUUGUUCGAGUUGUAGCACCGCUAGCUGGAUGUAAUCCCAGAUUAGAUGAUAAACAUUCAAGGUGGCUGCACCUUCGAAUACGGCCCUCCUCAUUCCCCAUCACAGACGUUGCUAAGCAGACUACUUCCCCUGGAAAAGUAAAAUCGAAAGCUUUGGUCGACGGAAGGUGGACUCUGGCUUUUCGAGACGAUGAAUCGUGCAAGGUCGCUUUGUCUAUGAUUGUUGAAGAAGUCAAACUGCAAAGUCUCGAGGUAGAAAGAAGUUUACAGCCUUUGCUUGAACUCGAUAAAAGUUUACAUUGUUCAACCCUUUCAGAGUGUGUAGAAAAUAACUCUUCUUCUUGAAAGGCCAAAAGUUUCAUUUCUAAGCUUUUUCUUUCGGGUUCUUUUCUUCAAUAUAUAUACAUAUUUUUUUUUGCACACAAAAGGGGGCGGACAGUUCGACCAUCCACCCGUGCGUAAACUGUCCACAAGAAAUCUAUAGGGUGCACAAAAAUGCAUAAUAAAAAGCUUGUAAUAUUAGUGCCAUUCUUUGUAUAUACAAGACGAAAGAUUUUUCUACGUACCCUCGUGUCGCCUCUAUAACCAAGCCACCCAAUUUAGAUGUGUGCGUAUUCGAUUCUAUUUUGUAAGAUUUGUAACGUUACAUAAUAUUUGAGCUAAUGAAAGAGAAAAAGUUCCAUUCUUUGUA